AUGUUUACAGAUCUUGGACCACAAAGUUCAGCAAAGCAAACUGAACUAAGUAACAGCAGUGACACCAACAGUGACAGCAAAAAAAACUGCUACACCUUAUACACUGUCACAUUCCACUACAGCGAUAGCAACAGCGCCACCACUAACACCAGCAGUAAUAGCAGUAGUGCCACCACCAAUAGCAGCAGCGAUAGCAGAAGUAUCACCACCAACAGCAGCAGGAGCGCUAACACCAACAGCAGUAGCAGUGUCGUCAGCAGCAGCAGCAGCAGCGCCACCACCAACAACAACAGCUACAGCAAAAGCGCAACCAUCAACAACAGCAGCGAUUGUAGCAGCACCACCACUAACAGCAGUUGCAGUGCCUUCAGUAGUAGCAGUGCCUACAGCAGCAGCAGCAGGACUACAACUAAUAGCAGCAAUGAUUGCAGGACCGCUACUACCAACAGCAGUAUCAGUGCCUUUAGCAGAAGCAGUAGUGCCAUCAUAAGCAACAGCAGUGCCAUUAUUAAUAGUAGGAGCAGUAGCAGCAGUGCCAUCCGCAAUAGUAGCAUCAGCAGCACUUCCACCAACAGAAGCAGUGAUAGCAGCAGCACAACAAGCAAUAGCAGCAGUAGUACCAUUACCAACAGUAGUGCCACCACCAACAGCAGUGCCAUUACUAAUAGCAGCAGAGAUAGCAGCAACGCCACCUCAAACAGUAGUAGUAAUAGCAGCAACGCCACCAGCAGCAGCAGUGACAGCAAGAGCGCAACCACCAAUAGCAGCAGUGAUAGUAGCAGUGCCAUCCGCAAUAGCAGCAGCAGCAGCAGCACUAGUACCAACAGUAGCAGCGACAGCAGUAGCACCACUAGCAAUAGUAGCAGCAGUAGUGCCACCACCAACAGUAGCAGCGAUAUGUGGCAGGCGUUAAGGUCCAGUUCUGAUUGGCUAAGCCAUGUUGAAGCUAUUUCACUGUGUGCCAAGUCUACACGGGAGCAGUGGAGCGGUUACUCUGAUGUCAGUAGGCGUCCCUACUGGCAAUUACAUGGUCUUGUUAGUGGUUCAAAGAUGAAACUAACUUUGGCUACGGUACAGUACUUCAAACGAGCAGCUGAGAAUAUUUGA